UUAAGCGGCCAUGGGUUUUAUCAAGGCGGUCGCAGGCAAUGUAAUCCAAGAGAGCAUCUCGGCGCUGCUUAUGUAGAAAAGCCAGAGGUCAACUUCUUUUGCAUUAGCUAUACAACGAAGAAGUGUACAUAAAAUUAUUAAUUUGUUGUCGAAGGAAAGAGUGCUGAGGAAUGCUACGCUUACAGUUUAUAUGGAGUUCAUCAUAAAAUCACGUAAUUUAACCUUUAAGCACACCGAACAGUAUUUGUUUCUAUGUGUGUGUGCGUGUAUAUUACCCAAAGAAGGACUGACUUUUGACCUUCCGAUAUUCGAGUUCUAGCGUUUCUUUACUGCCCACAACAAUACCCUACUUUCUUUUGUCCGCCUUUUAAGUUCUAGUUUUCAAUGAUCACGUUCUGAAACAGUCUUCGCGAAGAAAUAUGUCACUGUUGAAAUGAAAUUUCAAGGGAUGGAGUAGUUUAAUGGCAAUGAUGUUAUUUGACUGUACAUCUCACUUCACUUUUUGUAAGCUUCCACUCCCGGACUUUUACUGUGUCAUCCAUAUCAAAUAUCCUUUUACAAUGUCAAUUAGUCAAUAAAAGCCUUGACAUUUGACACAUGAAAAUCACUUAGAAGCAACAGAAUAAGUUGCAUAUACUGAGAAGAGUCUUACCAAUACAGUAAGGUGCGUGUUUUUGCGACUGUGUCCACUAACAAUCAGCACUAAAAGCAGGUGUACACACCACUUGGUUUAGCUCCAUAGGUAAGUGGAACAGCUGUACGUUUUAUCCUUUGAGCUCUGUCAAGGUUUACAUGUUAUUUAAAAACUUAAAAAAAAAAAAAACAUAAAAAAAAACCACAUACACACACACAACUCUAAUAUUACAAGCCGUGUAGACGCUCACAUCAGCACGAACGAAAGAAGAAAUUGCACUUUACCGUUUUUUGAGUCUGAUGGUGAUGACAAGUAUACGCGAUCUAGUACACCGGGCUAUUGUUGUGAGCGUAAUGUUCGCGCUUCUCCAACUGGUUACAUAAUGAUGCUCGCGUUAUCCAUUAAACGAGUCAUCUGCGAAGUACUGUGUGUGUGUGUUAUGGAAUAUAUGAACAUUUUAGGGAAGUUCUAGUGGCGGCAUUUUACAGUCUUUGCGCGGAAAAAAAGCUAUAUUGAAUAGAGGCUCCUUCAACUCGCAUCAAGCGGUCAUAAUUCCUUCUAUAGAUCUCGAUGUAUUGAUCGUUUACUUGUGGGCGAAUUGGGCUCAAACCCAUCGUAUAACGUCUAAGACUAAUGAGCAUAGCCUGUUAGGAAGGCGCACCACGAAAACAUUAGCAUCUUUCUCUCUCGCAAUCUCACACCUCAAAAUUCUUAGUAUACACCUGCACAAAACUUAGACUAACAGAAAAAAGUGACAAUAACGAUCUAUCUGAGAUGAACUGUGUAAAUCUCAGUUAGUUGUUCUUAUUUUAUUUAAGAAAGUGCUUCUAAAGUAAGGUACUAAAUUAAGCUCAAAGCCCUACGUUGGCUUGUUUAAUUAAGCAUUAUGUUACUAAUAUUCCGUCGUUUGAGGGCUUUUAUAAUACAUAAUAUAUAAUAAUAUAUAUAUAAUACUUUUAUAAACGCGGAAGUAGUAAAAUAAUUGCAGCAAUGUAGUAGGUAAUGCACUCACGUUGAAUAUUCUAUUUUAACAUCCACCAAUCCUUUUUUUUCUUCUUCUUCUUGUUUUUUUCUGUUAUAAACAUGGCAAUACUAAACUUCAACCCAAAGGUCAAUAUUUUUAGUCAAAAGAGGCUUAAAUGAAUUAUGAUAUACUGCUUUAGGCUGGACAGGAUGUUUGCUCAACGAAUGGAAUGAUUAUACACAUGUGACUGAUAGGGCCCUUCAAAGUCUACUCGUGAACUCGACUCUAGUCCGUUCAUGAUUCUUCUUAAUUUUGUUCGUCUUCCUCGUUAUUUUUUUACUGAUCCUUCUGCUUGUUUUACUCGUGGUUCGUGGUGAAAUAAGUAAAUGAAUACCGAAAUAAAUAAUAAUGAUGACAAUGAUGAUGACGAUGAUUCUCAUCCGCUUGAUAGAUAGUAGGGUUUUAAAAAUAUUUUUUUAAGUGAAUUAUUGAUUUAUGCUCUGUCUGUAUUUUUAAUUGUAUUAAUUUCGUAGCCAGCUGAUCUUGCUGCUCAUAACUUGGAAGACCCUUCUUUCUUGGAGCAAAGCACUUCGUCACAAUCAUCACUGUAUUUUUCAACCCAGAGUUUACGAUGGAUUCAAAACCUCUCUUUACCACAAUGAUCUUAUGGCUAAUUUUGAGCUCCGUUCUAUUGGACUACACUGAAGGAUUUCUUUUUAAAGAAUCUACGACA